AGUAGUUGGCGCCAGAGUAAAAUCGUUUUAAUGGCAGUGCUUUCAAAAUACAAACAUGCACAGGAUGUCACGAAACUACAGGAGACAGUGGAUCCAGUGACAGUGUGGUAUCCGUAGUAAUUGUUAUAAAAUGAAACGGCAUGUUCCAUCUGAUGCAAUUCCUUAGCGGACUCCUUUUGCUUCUUCUUUCGAUACCGCUGAGCAAUGGUGUGGAUUAUACGUACGAAAUCGACUGCAGUAACCUACGAAUGGGACAAUACAUCUGUCCUCAUCCCGAUUAUGAUUUCAUAGAUCCAAAAACGCAACAACCAAAAGGAUGUACGAAAGAAAAUAAAGCCAAAGUGUUAUGUCUGGCUGCGGAUGGCCUCAUUUGUACAGAAACAAAAAAUAAUACGUUUAAGAAGGAUAUUCCUUGUAAAUGGACAAAUGGAUAUUCCUUCGAAACAUCAUUGUUACUUUCUAUAUUUCUUGGCAUGUUUGGGGCAGAUAGAUUUUAUCUAGGGUAUCCAGCAUUGGGCUUGCUUAAGCUAAGCACUUUGGGAUUUCUCUUUCUUGGUCAAUUUGCCGAUGUAAUACUUAUUGCAACACAAAUUGUAGGACCUGCAGAUGGUUCGCAUUAUGUGAUGCCAUAUUAUGGUGCAGGAAUUCACAUUGUGACAAGUAAUAACUUUACAUACAGAGUGCCACAAUACGAUUGUUGAACAAUUUCUACAUACAGAAAUAAUGAUAAUCAAUCUAAAAAUUGUACAGCCCCUGCUUUAAUCACGAACAACGAUAUGCAAUCCUAGAAUUGAGUCCUAUUUCAGCAAACUUGGGAGAAAAUUAUGUGUAUGCUAUUUUAAUGGACAAACAGAAGAGAAUCAUCUUGUAGAUAUGUAUUUCAACGAAAUAUUGUAUAUACAGAUUUGUUACUGACUUAUUACCUAUUGCCAGUAUAGUCGUGUAAUAAAUAUUUGUUUUUAUU